AUGUCAACAACAAAACCCCAACCACACGUUCCGUCUCCAGAGUGCCCGGCAUCCCUCGCGACCGCUGACCUGGACCUACACUAUCUCGCCGAGGGGGCGGCGAACAUCAUCUACGGCGUGUCGGUGCGCUCUCCGUCCACCCUGAGGAAUCACUCACACUGCUGCGUGAUGCGGCUACGCAAAGAUCUCCCGUCUACAAAACCUGUGGUGCAAGUCACGUCGGAAUUCGAGAGUCGCAUAGCACCACUUUUCGCCAACACCAGCCGCGGCGGCCCUCACGACUCCCUCCUUCUCACCCAGAGCCUGUACAGACUCACACCGGCCAUGGUUCGGGAUCUGAACGACGAGCUUCACGAGAUGGAGACGGAAAACGACCCUCACAUCAUCCUGUCGUCGUCGUCCUCUUCCCCAGAUACGAAAAAUCCGCGCACGGGUCUUCCUAGCAUUGACCGCCGCCACCCACCGCGACCGCAUCACCGACGCCACAAAUACCUCCCGUCAUACGAGCACGAACAAUACGGCGUACUGAUGCAAAAUCUUCAAGGGCCGAGUAUAGACCGCCUCGUCGAGUUCAAGCCGAAAUGGCUCGUGCAGAGUCCCAGCGCCCCGUCUGGUGCAAAGAGCUGUCGAACGUGCGCUCUGAAUGCCAUGAGACGCAGCGGCAGCCAGUCCCAUCAAGGUCGCGGCGACUCGGGAUUCUGUCCCCUGGAUCUCUUGGAGCAAGACCACGUCCUCAACCGUGCGCUGGACAAUAUAUGGCCGGUCGAGUUGAGUCGAGGAGAAGCUGGUGCAUUCUCGGGGUUCGUCGCGCAGUUCAAGGCAAAAGUCCAGCCGGCAUUAUACCAUCUUCGCCGCCUGCAAAGGGAACACGGGGCUGUGGGGAUCCAUGACUUCCUGAACCCCUCGCUGGUCGACGGGGAUGAGUUUGGCCUGGCAAUGGCGUUGAGAGAUUGUAGUUGUUUUGUUGCGCUGAAACGUUGUCAACACCAUGACAAUGCCACUGUAAAUGUCAAUGAAGAUGGUGUCGGCGGUGACACCGAUGGUGGUGGUGGCGGCGAUGGUGUCGUCGUAGAUGUUAUCGACGUCAAGUUCGCAGAUCUGGACCUGAAGAGCACAGGAGGUGGAAAACUCGAGAAGUGGGCGGCCAUGGAACAAUCUCUUCUCGACGGCGGGUGGUAUACUCGAUCAGAUCUCGGCUGUGCGUUGUCGCGCGUGUGA